CGUCGUCCUCUCCGGUUGCUGGGCGCCAAGACAGACUCGCGCUCUGUUUAACUAGAACACAAUUACAGCCUCAUGCACAAAUAUUUGCAAAGAAAACAUACCCUGCGCCCUGCGCGAUGGGUAUAAAUGUUCUUACCGAUAACCAUCAACGCGCCACUGAGCAGGGACCGACAAGCAACGUCCAGCUCUACCGUUGCAUGAAUGGCAGCAAGUGUAAUCAGAACACUGAGUGGCUUCAGGCUCACCAGGCCAGCUCGGACAUGCUUGAUUCUGGCCGAGGAAGAUGAAGCUGAAGAAGAGUAUGAUGAAGAGCUCAGAGAAGAGGCAGAGGCUGACUUUGAGGAUGAGGGUUCCCCAGCUGCCGGGUCCCCAGAGGAAGAGCAGUGGGGUGUUGAUCCGUCCUUUGGCACCACUGAAGCUACUGACCGACUGCUCCGUUUUGCUGAACUCAUCAGCAGUGAUGUGCAACGCUACUUUGGACGUGGGCAAGACCCAGAUGCCUGUGACAUGUAUACGGACAGGGAGGGCCCAGAGGUGGGUGGCGGCCAGCAACGCUACUAUGCCAAUUUCGUGAGAGCGGCAGUGGCAGAGCAGCGGGAGGAGCCUGAGAAACUGGGCCCCCUCGCAGAGCUCUUCCAGGAGACUCAGCAGAAGAAGCAGGGACUACCCAUGAACCAGCGGCGUCUACCCAGCAGCUUCUGGACCGAGCCCCACCCCUACCAUCUCACUGUCCCGGGUAACACCAGCACCCUGGACAUGCUAGGCUGUUCCACAGAAACUGGAAUUAGUAACAGCAAUACUUCAGUCCGCAUGCUGAGCACUUCUAGUACCCCAAUAAGUACCAUCAGCAGUUCUGGUACACCAGAUUUCAGUGACUUGCUUGCCCACUGGGCAUCAGACAGAGACAAUCCCAAUGUGUUCAGCUGUGAGUACCAGUUACCAUAACAGUGUAUUGGUAAUGCACUAAUAUGAACAUGCAUUAAGAUACACAAAGGCAUACCUGCAU